AUGUCCGGCGACACUGAGAAAGUCGAACUCGAGAAGGGCAAGGUGGAGAAGAUGCCGGCGCUGCACCCCGAGACCGCCAACCUGACAUACCGCAAGCCGUCGUCCUACGCUGCACUCGACCCGACAGAGCAGCCAGAAGACGACGACGAUGACAAGCUCGCCUCCCCGCAGACGAGAGCGAAGGAUUUGACGCCGUUUGCGCCCCUCGACAUUCCAAUGAAGUACCGCCUGGUGGCCCUCGUCACCAUCCUCUUCUACACGACCGGGGCGGCGUUCGCAGAGUCCACUCUCGGACCGCUCAAGAGCACCUUUGUCAAGGAGCUUCACAUCAACAUGUCGAAUAGAGCCUUGCAAUCCCAUGUGCAUACGCUCACCCCAGAUGCCCAGUUCGCCUCGAUCUCGACAGCGAGCAACCUGGUGAACACCGUUCUGCCGCUGAUCGGCGGCACGAUCAUGGACUACUAUGGGACGCACUAUGCCAUCGCGGCUGGCGCUGCGAGCACGAACAACUACACACUGCUGAUUGGUGGACGGAUCGUGAUGGGUCUCGGCUCGAUCGUGCUCGAAGGUGCGCAGUCGAAGCUGUAUGCGCACUGGUUCAACGGACGGUGGCUCGCGACCGUGAUCGCCCUCGACCUGGCGUGGGGCAGUGCGACCGUCGUCAUCGCCAGAGUCAGCGCUGUGCCCAUGUCCCACCUCGGGGGAUGGUAUGGGUGGGCGCUAUGGAUCCCCGUCUUCGUAAUUGCGGCGUGCACGCUGCUCGUGAUCGCGUACACGAUCUUCGAGCAGAAGUACCUCCCCAAGGAGUUCCGGCCGGUGACGGGAUACGAGCUUGAGCAGAAACGCAAGGCUGCCGGAGAGCACACGCACAAGGACGGCAUGCCUUCCUUCUACCUGAUCAUGGCGGGUGCGCACAUAUUCCAGAACUCGGCGCGCACCGUGUACUCGUCAAACCUGACCGACAUUCAGGAGCGCACGCGCGGCACGACGGCGCUGACCGGCGGAUACUACUCGGCGCUGCUGAACGUUGUCGUCAUUGUCGUCGUGCCGCUCCUCGGCGUGUUCUUCGACAAGGUCGGCUGGCGCAUGCCCUUUGUCUCCCUCGGGGCCGCCACGUACGUCGUCGCGUUUGCGCUUAUCGGCUUGACCAAGGUGAACGCUGUCGCGCCGAUCCUGCUUGCCUCCUUCGCGCUCUCGCUCAACGUCCUGCCGUGGAUCAGCUCGUUCCCAAUCCUUGUCCCUGAUCCUACACUGAUCGGAACGGCGUAUGGGCUGUGGUCUGGCUUCAUUGCCUGCAACAACGUUAUCCUGGAGGUGUCAUGUGGUGCUAUUCAAGACGCAACACCUGGUCAGACCUAUGAUCGUGUGAUCUACGUCUUGAUCGCGAUCAAGAGCUGGCAGAUCCUCGAGGGCCCGCUGUUCGACUUCCUCGACGGCAAGCUGCUCGGGCAUACCCUGCGGAUGAACGAGAAGCAGCGGCUCAAGUAUGACGCGGAGCGCGAGGAGGCCGGCGUUGAUGCCCCCGGAUACCGCAUCAAGAAACCCGUUACCUGGGUUGUAGGGUUGCAGUACGUGACCAUGGUCAUUAUCUCAUGGGUGCUGUUCUUUAUUUACUCGAUGUAG